CAACUUCCUGCCAAAGCAAGCAAAGGCUCCCUGUUGAUUGUUGAGGUUUCAUGACAACUUCAGGUCGUUGGUGACAGCAUCAGCCGCCUCCCUCACCUUGUACAUUCUCUGAUGAUCCUCCCACCCUACAAAACCAUCUGCAUGCAGCUUCUGUCUUGACAGUGUACUUCAGGGUUUGUGAAAAAUGGCAGGGUGUCAAGAUGAAACUGAAGGUCGCAGAGGCUUUAAAACACCAGCUCAAGACAGAGUAAACGAUUCCACAAGACCCAAGAAACGCAAACCUUUGCCUCAGAAGGUAACAUGCAGAUCAAGGGUGAGAGCUCGAGUGAACAUUGGAAUGGCAUUUAAUAGGUGGCGUGCACUGAAAGAAGUAAAAGGAUUGAAAUCUGAUGCAGAAGUGGCCUUGAGUCUUCUGGAUGUAAUGAAGAGAUUGCCCUCCAUGGCAACUUCAUCUGGAGCCAGUGAUAAAAAGAUAAAAAUCUCCCAGUCUGAACUCCAGACACUGAUCAAGCAGGAGGUUCGCAGUGCAGUGAAGAAGAAUGAAAUCAGGCUCGAGGGUUUGAUAGAAACUAUUGAAAAGCUGGAUAAUGGAUACAACUAUGAAAGCUCAAUCCAAAAACUGGAGGCUCGAAUCAACACGGUCUCAAAGAGAGCAGAAGCCGCUCUUGCCUACAUGACAAAGACACAGAAAAAGAGUCCACAUCCGUCACUUGCUAACAACAACAUAAGCAGGACAGAGUCUGAGGGUGAAAUGAUGGAAACCAUGUCAAAGAUCGACAAAAAGAGCGUGGAUUGCAUGGACAAGAAGGGAGAGCUCUUUCAAAUGAUGGAAACCACAAAAAAGUCACUAAAGAAGAUGCGUGCAGAUAAUGACGCUUUGACGGCUGCCAUAGCAGAUUUAAAAGAGAAGUCAUCUCCAGUUCUCACUCCUUAUGGUGCCUCUGAGAGCAAGGGACAUGUCACGGACGAUGAGCAGCAUAAAGAAAACAAUAUUGAGGAGUGCAAGGAUGUGAAAGUAGAAUGUCUCUCUCCUGGUGAUCGUAACAUUCCCAAGCACACAGACUCAGAGCAGGUCAAGCUCUUGCAUCCGCCUCUUCCCUCCACUACAUUCCCCUCCGUCCUGAACAUGGAAGCGGCCUCAUAUAACAUCCCCCAGAGACCAGAAGUACAUCUGGCCCUCAUCCGGGAGCCUGCUGGCCUCUCUGUGCUCUGGAAAGUAGAGGAGGAAGACCCCUCUGCCCCGCCCAUGGAUAGUUACAGCGUCUACAUGACUACGGAAAAGGGUAAGGGUAGCAGCGUCUUCCCAAAUUGGAAUAUGCUUGGUGAAGUGAAGGCCAUCAAGCUGCCCAUGUGUGUGAUGGUCACAAAGUACAAGCCCGGGCACAAGGUAUGUGUCGCAGUGGUUGGCAAAGACGUUUUUGGCCGGUAUGGGCCCUAUAGUAAAGUUGUGACUGCAGCCAUACCUCACUAAUUGGGAGGAGGAUAUUGGGAGAGACGAUACAACUACUAACCUCAAGUGGGAUUUACUCACUCUUAACACACAUGUUUGUACUUUUUCAGUGUCUAUUUGUAAUUACAACAUUAUUUUCAAAUGCCCAAGGUUGGUAACAUGGAGAAUAAUUUUUAUUAUUUUGUUGCAGUGUCACAUAGACACAAUUAGAAAUAUUUUGAAGCAAAAUGAAACGGGACGGAGUUGCACUCAUAUGUAAAUGGGACAUUUACUGCUUCUGCCAGGCCUCCAGCAGUGAUUUCAGUUCCAAUGGAAGCUGUGUUUAAGGCUCUUUGUUUGAUGCAGAAGAGUUUUAAUUUAAGUUUGGUAAUGACAUUGUUUAAGUAAGCAGUAGUUGGUUAAGCCAUAAGGAAACCUUUCAACAUCAUUCGAAAAGUUUGUAUAAUAUAAGUUGUAUAGUAUAGUAUAGUAUAGUAUAGUAUAAUAUGGACUUUUUUUAAUGAGCCAAUA